AUGGCAGGUAUGCAUAAGGCUGUCACUUUGCCUUCGUUCGAGGAGAGCUUUGGCCAGUCUCCCGUUCGUCGCCUUUCUAUCUCGAGUCUCUGCACUCCUGCUCCCAACUCAACCCCAAGCCACCCCAGGCAUCGACUUCUAGAUCAGAGGCCUCUGCCUAAUGGCGUUAUCCCUCCCCGGCCUAGGCGCGAGAUCCACGCGAAAACUGUUUCUUUUCUUCUCCAGGAACUUCUCAACUUUGUCCAUAAACCUCUACCCAAUGACAACGAGUUCAUCGACGCAAUUGCCAAGACCAGUUACAUCAAGGACUACCUCGAACAAAGCUACUGGGUCAAGCACAAUGUGGCGCGUCGCCCAAUCACAUUUCCUGCCUUUCGCAUCGUCGACGCCGAAUGUGUGAGUUAUCGCAUCCAUCUUCCGGUCGCGACCGUGCUGGACGCAGCCUUUGAGCGCUGCGUGGUGGAGCCUCAAUCACGCCUACGGCAUGGGAGGUCGAAGGAAGGCCUCUCGCGUAGAAACGCUAUACAGGAAGCGGCCCUGGAAUAG